AUGCGGCGUGAAAAGGCCCAGAUUCAGAGCCACAUGGUGGCAAUGGAAGACCGGCAGAGGUGGAAGAACAUAAAGAUAAGGGGCAUACUGAAACAGAUCAGCACAGCCGAAAUACCACACUUAAUUAGGAGACUACUCACUCACCUCUUCUCUUCUACACAUGCCAAACUGAUGGCCCUGGAUGGCUGCUUCAGGCUCUCAGCAUCCCUGUUACACUCCCCCGAGGUGAAUGGGGACAUCAUUGUCCGCUUUUAA